AUGGCCGAUCAAGUUGCUAAAGAUGAAAAUUCGUUUCGCGGGGAGACGGCAGGCAUGAUAGGACAUGUCGUCAAAGAAGAACCGGUUGAAAACGCAGGAGUCGAUGCCGGUGCCUCGACUUCUCAACUUGUACCUGCUGCCGAUGGAGUAGGUGGCUACGAAGAAGAUCCUCCAGAAAUGAUAGAACCAUCAAACGAGGUAUUCAGUGCAGUUGCUGAGAUCGCAAGCAAUGUACGCGCUGGUCAAGCAGCUCGUGAAAUCUUUGAAUUAAGCCCACUUGAGAGGAGGAUCCGUGAGAACCGUAGUUUUAAUGAGGGCGAUUGGACGAGUGAAGAGCUCAAAGCACUUUAUGACGGAAUAACCAUGUAUGGUACCACAGAUGAAGCACUGGAAGUGAUUCAAAAGAAUUACUGCAUAACACGUUCCUUCGAGCAAGUUCUUGAGAAGGUGAACGAGAUACGAACUAUCAAUAUUGAACAUAGAGAAGAUCGUAUGAGAGCUGAAGGUGAUCACUGGCUAGAAAUAGGAUAUCGAGAUGUUCGAUGUGCUCCUAAAUAUGUCGUGAAACCGGUGAGUGGACUGGCUCUGAACGUUCGUGAAUAA